AUGAUUAAAGAUGCUGGAACAGCUCUUGAUUCCAACAAUCCGAAAGUCCAUGCUUCCCUUUCCACUAACACCUUUGCAAUUACUGGUCAUGCAGAAGCCAAAGCAAUCACAGAAAUGCUUCCUGGCAUAUUAAGUCAGCUUAGUGCUGACAGCUUAACGAGUGAUAGAAAAUUAGCUGAACAGUUCCCACGACAAGUAUUGGAUAGUAGAGGACCAAAGCCAGACAACACUGGUGAAGAGGAUGAUGAUGCCCCAGAUCUUGUAGAAAAAUUUAAUGAAGCAUCAAAAAACGAAUCUAACUAA